AUGAUUGACAUUGACUGGAAGGGCCUUGCCCUCCCUUUUGCCUACGUCCUCGUCCUCGGCAGCGCUCUCAUGACAUUUUCGACCAUUUACCGAAAACGAAAGGCUGGCAAGUCUAUACCGCUUCAACUUCGAGUUGGAAACCUGGCUAACACUCGCAACGUCUACCUGUCCCUACUGCACCUCACGCCCGAGGACGGCUCCGAGAAGGGCCCCAAGAUCCCGGAUAGCGUCCUCCGCGCUGCGCUACUGCGUCGCGCCGUCGAGGACAUUCGCCGCUUGAUCCAGAUCAAGUCUGCCAAGCAGGCCUGCAGCUCUCUGCUGCAGCGCGGCAGCGUUGGUGAUGACCUGUGGCAGCGCUUCCAGCGCGCCGAGAAGGAGAUGGAAGAGGAGCUGAGGGAUGUUGUCACAGAGGCCAAUGCCCUUGCGCCUAACUGGGGUCAGUCAAUCUUCCAGUCCGCCCACGAAAUGGCAGCCAACGCCGCGAUCCGCACCCAACUGGACGAGCUCCUCGCCCAGGCCGACUCGGAGAAGGAGUGGUGGGAGAAGCGCCGCAGCCAGAUCCAGUCCGACUUCAUGAAGGAGCUGGACGGCUCCGAGCAGAGCUCCUCGGCCAAGACGGCCAGCGAGGAGGACGCGGUGCUAGUCGACACCCCGACCAAGAGCGGCAAGAAGAAGGGCAAGAAAUGA